ACCAUUUUUGCUCAAAGUUGUGAGCAUGUGGCUUUAUAAAUGCAAAUCUACACAGUUGCAGAAAUUAUCUCCCAAACUGAAUUUGCAGUUUCAAUGUGGAACACUGUGUCUGUCAUGUCUCAAGCUGUGUUUUUGUCUGCAAAUAAGUGUGCUUGCUUCUCACGUGGGAGGCAUAUAGACUGUUCUUUGUUGGAAUAUUAGUUUCCCAGCACGUGUGCGCAAAAGCACAGGGUUAUUUAACUGAGACAUUUUUCAUGGUGUUGUCAGGAAGAAUUAAUUGUGGUUUGUUGGGUUUCAGCAGAAAUGCUAUUGUUAUUUCCUCAGCUGUAGUAGUUGUAUAUCCCCAACAACACCAUCCGGCCAGACGGAAUAGGAUUUCCAAACAAUUUCUGGUCAUCAGCCAAAGUGGCUGAAGAGAGCACAGACUCACCCGCCUGAAACAACAGUUUACCAGCACUCAGCCUGUAGCUGGUAUAGUUUUCUGCCCUGGUUGUGAAGAUUUGAUUAUAAAGCCGACGUCAGACUUGUCAUGCUUUUGACAUGCGAAGGUCUCUACAUGCCGCAACAUACAGGAUAGGCUGUGAACAGAGGAGGAGGGAAGCAGCAGGGGGUGGCCAUAGGCCCUGAGCCCUGCUCGUUGAGUUUCCGAUCGGCUCAAUCCCGGAUUAGUUCACUGACGGAGAUGCUGCUGAGCCUUUGCCAAAUCAGGUCUCGCUGUUACACUCAUGUAACUCCACAGUGAACCGGACAAACAGCAGAGCGAUGGAGGCAUUCAUUGAAAGUUUUCCCUUGCAAGAAAGUGAGCAGGACCAGAACCUGGCUGAGAGUCUACUUUCCUGCAGAAACAGAGAGCAGAAAGGCUUUGCUUCAAAGCCUGUUUUGGCCUUAGCAGAACCCAUUGUGCAAGCUUGCCAGGACGUUGCUGUUUUUACUGUAUAGGGUAUUUAUAACAACAGAUCAAGAGACUCCUGAGGCAAAUUCCUCCCAGGGAAUGUUUCCGUUGCUCUCGGGGGGACGAGCCGAGCAGUCGCACACUCUGCCUGAGUCAAGAAGAGAGCAUUAUGUUAACCACAAGGCACCGCUUACGCUCAAAAAACCCAGUGCUGCUGCUUUCAGGGGACGUAAACAGCUGCGAGCUAGGGAGAUAACUUGGUCUCCAAUUAGCAGGUCCCUGGAUGCCCCGCGGCGCACCGUCCUCGGUCGCGCAGUGCUUCCCAAUGGCCGGGAGUUGACCCCGCCCACCAGGAUGACGCUGCGUGAGCAGCUGAGAGAGAAGAUCUCGGCGGCUUUUUACCGCCAUGGGCUGCUGUGUGCCUCCUACCCAGUACCCAUCAUCCUCUUCACCUCUGCCAGCAUCCUCACCUGCUGCUAUCCGCUAUUGAGGCUUCCUCUGCCUGGGACGGGUCCCGUGGAGUUCACCACAGGGGUGCGAGACUACAGCGUCCCUUCUCAUGAGCCUCAGGGAGACCUUGGAGAACGGCCCGACUGGUAUCGGGGUCCUCCGGUUGCCUACAUCCAGCAGGUGUUGGUGAAGGCGGCGGUGUCUCCGUGGGACAGCAACCUGGUGCCGGUGGACGUGUUUCGGUCGCCUCUGAGUCGAGCCUUCAGCCUGCUAGAGGAGAUACGCAACCAUGUCCAUACUGACAGCUCCGGGGUUCGCAGUCUGGAGGCGCUGUGUCUCCAGGUGACGGACCUUUUCCCCGGGUUACGGAGGAUGCAGUCGGUGCUGCCAGAGCACGGCUGCCUGCUCGUCUCACCAGCCAACUACUGGCAGAACCAGCGGGAGCUGUUCGACUCAGACUCCGACCUCCUCAAGACCAUCCAGAAACAUGAACCCAAGGGCCUGCACACCUCGGCCACGCUGCGAGACCUAUUGUUUGGCGUCCCUGGAAAGUACACUGGGGUCAGCCACUACAACAGGAAGAGGGUGGUGACAUACACAAUCACUGUAGUGCUGUCCAGCUACGAUGCAAGGUUCCUGGGCAGCCUGCGGGCUCGUCUGAAGCAGCUCCACCCGUCAGCCAACUGCAGCCUGAGAGACGACCACAUGGUUCAUGUCCACUUCAAAGAGGAGAUCGGCAUCGCAGAGCUCAUCCCCCUCGUCACCACAUACAUCAUCCUUUUUGCCUACAUCUACUUCUCCACACGUAAGAUUGACAUGGUGAAGUCUAAGUGGGGUCUGGCCCUGGCUGCUGUGGUCACAGUCCUCAGCUCUCUGCUCAUGUCUGUGGGGCUGUGUACGCUGUUUGGACUCACACCCACUCUCAAUGGAGGGGAGAUUUUUCCUUACCUGGUGGUGGUGAUCGGCUUGGAGAACGUCUUAGUCCUCACCAAGUCUGUGGUGUCCACCCCCGUCGACCUCGAGGUCAAACUCCGCAUCGCUCAGGGCCUUAGUAAUGAGAGCUGGUCUAUCAUGAAGAACAUGGCCACUGAACUGUGCAUCAUCCUCAUUGGAUAUUUCACUCUGGUGCCAGCUAUCCAGGAGUUCUGUCUGUUUGCUGUUGUGGGGCUGGUGUCUGACUUCUUCCUGCAGAUGUUCUUCUUCACCACAGUCCUAUCUAUAGACAUCCGACGCAUGGAGCUGGCUGAUUUGAACCGCCGGCUCCCAGCUGAAGCAGGCCUACCGCCACCCAAGCCCGGCCCGCUGCGUCCACGUGAGGUCCCCCCUCCCCCGCGGCCCUCCCCCCACACCAUCACCCUGCAGACCCCGGCCUUCAGGAACCUGCGGCUUCCCAAGAGGCUGCGUGUGGUUUACUUCCUGGCCCGCACACGUCUGGCUCAGCGCAUCAUCAUGGUUGGCACGGUGAUCUGGAUCGGCAUUCUGGUCUACACCGACCCGGCCGGAAUACGCACCUACCUGGCCGCGCAGGUUUCUGAGCAAAGCCCUCUGGGAGAUCCCGGAGGAGGCGGUCUGCCCCCUCACCUCGGGGUGGCCCCCGUCUUUCGUGGAGGCGAUCCUACCAGCACACUGAGCAUCCACCCAGCACCAGAUCCAACACCCUUACCAGAGAACCAGUCACAGGGCCACCAUGGUCCUCUCCCCCAGGCUCCGCCUCCCGCUGUGCCACAGAUCACCUGGGGGGCGGAGGACGAGGAGGGGUGGAGGAGGCUCUCCUUCAGACACUGGCCCUCGCUCUUCAGCUACUAUAACAUCACUUUAGCCAAGAGGUACAUCAGCAUCCUGCCCGUCAUUCCGGUCACCGUUCACCUGAGCCCUCAGGAGGCCGUAGAGACACGCCACCCUCAAGAUACGAGACACCCGCCUCCACCUAUCCCCAAGGUCUCUGCAGAUCUACAGACGGACCUCACACUCUACAAGGUGGCAGCUCUGGGCCUGGCGGCCGGCGUCCUGCUGGUUUUGCUGCUCUUCUGCCUCUACCGAGUUCUCUGCCCACGUAACUACGGCCAGAACGGCGUUGCUCAUGGGCGCCGGCGGCGAGGGGACCUGCCCUGCGACGAUUACGGCUACUCACCACCCAUCAGCGAGAUCUCACCACUGCUGCUGAGGGGCCACAGUAUGGACAUCGAGUGUUUGGCCAGUGACGGCAUGCUGCUGGCGAGCUGCUGCCUGGCAGGACAGAUUCGGGUUUGGGACGCUCAGACUGGUGACUGUUUGACCGUCAUCCCCAAGCACGGGCUCAGACGGAGCAGCAGCAGUGGCUGCUGGGAGCAGCGGGACGGCUGGGACGGUGUGAGCGGAGCCGCAGACGCAGAGUGUUUAGGCUCUGAAGCUCACGGCCCGUCAGUCAGCGGUGACGGUUUAUCAGAGGAAGAGGGCUACCCGCUGAGGCGCCGCACUGCUCCCGCCCGGCCCACUCUCUUCGUCGACCAGCCGGAUCUCACCCCGCUCAUCGACACCAACUUCGCCUCCCAGCCCCCCUCCCACCUCUGUACCCCGCCCAGAGACGGCUUCGACUUUGGGGGUCUGGUGGAGCGUGCCUAUAUGGAGCACGAGCCCCCCUCGCCCUCCACCUACCCCUCUCCUUCCUCGGCCUCCUCCUCGCCGCCCUCAGGAGCUCACCUCCAGAGAACACCCAGCUUUGGAGACGCAACCUCCUUCUUAACCCCAGAGAGAGCCUCCAUGGCGGGGAUGCAGGCGACAGCGGACUGGGAAAGCUCUGUCUGGGCCAUGGAGCUGAGAGGAAAUCUGAUAGCUGCUGGGAGGAGCAGCGGCAAACUGGAGUUGUGGGAUGCAGUAGAAGGGUCGUUACGCUGCAUUAAUGAAGACGGAGUCUCUGGGAUCACAGCUCUAGCCUUCCUCAACAACAGAAUCGUAGCGGCUCGGCUCAACGGGUCUCUAGAUUUCUUCACUGUUGAGAUAAACAAACCUCUGGGUCUGCUGCAGUACAGAGGUGCCCCUGGGCGAGGCAGCAUGCCUCCCUCUCCCUGUUACAGCAGCGAAGAUGUUAUAAGCUGCCAGCUAACGCGCUCGGUUCAGUGCGCUCACCAGAAGCCGAUCACAGUGCUGCGAGCGGCCGCCGGGAGGGUCGUCACCGGUAGCCAGGACCACACUGUCCGGGUUUAUCGUCUAGAGGACUCGUGUUGCCUCUUCACCCUGCAGGGUCACUCUGGAGGGAUCACAGCCAUCUACAUAGACCAGACGAUGGUUCUGGCGAGUGGUGGGCAAGACGGCGCCAUCUGUCUGUGGGACGUCCUGACAGGGAGUCGUGUCAGCCAUGUUUAUGGUCACCGUGGAGACGUCACCUCGCUCGUCUGCACCACCUCAUGUGUCAUCAGCUCGGGACUGGACGACCUCAUCUGUAUCUGGGACCGCAGCACAGGGAUCAAACUCUACUCCAUACAGCAGGAGGUGGGUUGUGGGGCCAGUCUGGGAGUGAUCUCUGAGUCUCUCCUGGUGACCGGGGGCCAGGGGUGCGUCUCCUUCUGGGACCUUAACUUCGGGGACCUGCUGCAGACAGUCUACCUGGGCCAGAGCAGCGACGGCCAGGGCGUCCGUCAGCUGCUGGUGCUCGACAACGCAGCCAUCAUCUGCGACUUCGGCAGCGAGCUCAGCCUGGUGUACGUGCCCUCUGUGUUGGAGAAACUAGACUGAUGAGGGACAGAUGGACGGCAGUCAUUGAUGUCGGUGGGAACAAAAACAUGCACUCAGAACAUCCUUUUCCCCUUCAUCACCUCCCUGUUGUUUUGCUUUCAUUUGUUGUUCCUGACACCCAAAGGAGACGCGGUCAUUAGAACAGUUUCCACGUGCAUACAGGCUCUUUCUUUUUCUAGAUUUUUUUUUUGUAACUACAGGUGUGGAUGUAUUAAGCAAAAAAAGCUGAGGACUGAUUGUGCAACCUGCUGCAUUUUAUCAGAGGGUGACAGACCCUCGGUAGUGAAUUUUGGACAUUUACGAGGGGCAUGAGGUCCGUUCAAGAAAAGCUGGAUGUUUCUCACUUAAAGAGGAUCCACCAGUCACCAGUUUGUGCUUUUUUUAAUGUGUGUGUGUUUGUUUUGUGGCUCUGCCCUCUAUGCUGCUUACAUGGGUGGGGCUUCACUGUAACCCCCACCCGCCCAGAGAGGAACUGUCUCCUUAUUUUUUAAUAUUCCUGCUGCCUGUUUUCGCCCAACAGCGAAGUGCAGCCACAGACAUCUCUACGGGUCCACGGCCUGUUGGGAUGAGCUGUGUGGUUAAACGUGUGUGUGUGUGUGUGUGUGUGUUGGAGACUGAAUGAAUAAAUCUAGGUCCUUUUUAUGGCAAAAUACUGCUGAGAACAAAAAUUGAUGAAUGGAUGAAAUGUGAGCGUGUGGGUGAGGGAGAACUGAUGAUUACUGUAUAAAGUAAACCUCCAUAGGGGGCUGUUUUUAUAUGUAUAAAUCUAUUAUUUAUUAGCGAUACAUUUUUGAAAUAACAGUUUGUUUAUGAAUGCUAAUAACGGCUCUUAAACAAGAAUAUAACAAUAUGGAAGUAAUGACAUAAAUGUAAGAUGGUGAUUAUUUGUGUGGGCGGGGUUUGGGACGUGGCUAUAAAACGAUUAUUUGUGAUAAUGAACUGGAAACACUGAAGUGUUUGUUGUAAUGGAGUUGGGGGCUGUAGUAGAAAAGGUUCCUGCUUUUAUCCCAGCCUCGGCCUCUGAUUCUGGGGUUACUGUUGCUGUAUGAGGGGCCCCUGCAUGCUACACCUUCAUCAGGCUACCUCCGUUUUCCAAACUGCUCGAAUUUUGGAUGAGAAUACUGACUUUGUUCUGUCAUUAGCUGACGUCACGUUUACAUUGACUCUCGUAUUUUUUUAUAUAAAUUGUGCCCUCGAGAUUUUUUUUUAUUCUUUAAAUCACCCGUGGUUCAACAAAAACGGUUUUGGCCACAAAUAAUAACAGAACUCAUUGUAACAUCGGACCUCACAGUACAUCUUACCAUGUUGAUGUAAACUAAGUGAAGUUUGUCUGAAAGGGAAAUUCACAACCUUUUAUACAGAUCUGCAAUCAGUGUUGAUGGUAAAUGUAGCCAAUUGAAGCAAGAAAUUAUCCUGCUGGCAGCAAAUAUACACUGAACUAAAAUGAGCUUAAUUGCCUUGUUAACUCAUUGUAAAACACAUUACAUUCAAGUUGGACUGAAACAAAAAAAACAAAAGCUGUCUUUGUGAGUCUUUGCACUGUUGCUACAAUCAGCAGCCUCUCCAGCUGAACAUGGCAGAAUAUCAAAGUCAGCCAAAUCACUGUAAAAAUCCUCUACAGUCAUAUUUAGGAAGCCAUUUAUGCUGCUGAAAAUUCAACUAGUUUCCAAUACAAGCGAAGGAGCAGCACUGCGUCCCACAACCAACAAAAGCUUAAAAAAACACUCUGUGGUUCUUCCUAAAUCCCAGCCGAGUCACUGUCACGUCAAAUUAUGUAGCUGAAAUCCAGAAAAACAACAGACUUUGCAGCUGCAGGUGUCUUUUAAGCUAUAUUUCUAAUUCAGAAAGAGAUAAGGUUGAAAAUCGACGAAUAUUCCCUUUAAAACCUGUCCACGUCUGAAACACCAACAGAUGGAUAAUAUACAGCAGCUUUUUAUGUCCUUAUGAACUAAUAAUACUUAACAAUAUACACACAGAUGCUCUGGUUAAAACAGUUUGUGGCUUUGUAGUUCAUUUUUGUCUGCCGCUUUGGCCAUUUUAAGAUGCUCACAGAGAUAAAUAUCACUUUGGCCAAAUUAAGUAAAAGAUUGGAUUAUCCUAAAAUCGGGAUCCCUGAUGUACUUGCAUUAAAAUAUUUCUUUGACACUUAAAAAGGUACGCACAACCACGAAAGUCUUCAACAGGUGCUGGACCAAACAGGAAACAUUGAGGCACAAAGAAAUAGUAGAAUCACGUUACACUGUUUGUGUUACUGUGCAAAGUCCUGAUUAAUUAUAGAUAUUCAUGAGGCAUUAAACAUAUUUCCACAAGCUUCAAACUAUGUGCAGAACUCCAAACGAUGCCUAUUAGUAGCAGGCAUUUAACAAUUGAAAGCAUGUUGUUUUACGAUCUGUAUCAUGUGAUGCUUGUGGAAAUGCUUUGAAUGUGAUAAACAUCUACGUUUGGGUGAAAUGUUGCACAAAAAACAGCAUGUUGAUUCUACUAUUUGUUUUGCAAAUAGUACACUGCUCGUUUUAAAAUGAAGUGGGCAGAGCCUGAGGAUACACUGGUAUUGCACUGUAUAAAUCUAUAAUUCGGCAAGUAUUUCCAAUUCUGCACAAAACGAAACGCAUCAUUAGUUUACCUGCAUCCUACAGGCUCGUGACCUGCUUGGUAUUGUAACCUGUUAAUUUAUUAGCUUGUGUUUUCUGUUGUAACGAUAGUCGAGAAAGCUUUAGAACUGGGAAAUGUGUAGUUUUUAGAUUUUUUUAACUUGUUUUCUAGCAAUGUGAAUUUGAUUUACAGCAAAGGUUGGAUGUUUUGGGAAAUAUGCUUCACGUUUAUUCGCUUUCAGGCAGUUAAAUGAGAAGAUCGAUGAGAGGACAGCUACCCAGCAGUCGGUCAGGUUACCUAAACACAAAGACUGGAAACGGGGAAUUUUUAAGCCUGGCUCUGUUUCUAACAAAGAUCACCUCUAUAAUCAACACGUUGGUUGUCUCGUUUGUUUGGUUUGUACAAAGUGUAAAACGGACAGUUUGAUGUUUCACUCAGCAGAGACACAAGGAACAAAGAAAGUACUAAUAUCACAUUUUUUUUAAAUGUAAAAGUCCUGCAUUUAUUUUUUACUUCACUUAAAGAAUGCCAGUAUAAUCAGGAAAAUGUAUUUAAAAUAAUCAAUGCUCAAAAAUGUCAUCCAAUAUUCAGUCAUUAGAUUAUUAGUACUUUUGCAUGAAUGUAAAAGUAGGAUUUUACUGUUGAAUAUAAUUGAUAUAAUGGUUUAAUCCAGCUCUAUAAAGUUGGGGAAUUUUAUUCAUAGCAACAUAUAUCUAUAGCUUAUUUUUAAGCUCUUCAUAUGUUUUCUGUGCAAAAAUCCUGAUAUGUAAAGUGAACUUAAUGGAGCAAAACAGUACCUCAAAGUUGUCCUGAAUUACAGGGUUCGUUCAGUUUUUAAGAGUAAAAUUCAAGCACUGUAAAGUUACCUCAAAAGAAAAACUUCAGACACUAGAAGCCUUUAUCAACACAUCUUAAUUGUAAGUUUACAGAAUUUCUUUACACCCACCAAUCAAUGUACAGUAUACUGUCACUUUGUUUAUUUUGCCAGCUGUUCCUAUAAGCUUUGAUUGUGUAUUUUGAUCAUGAUUAUUUAAUCCUUGCUCAUUUCCAGAGUAAAUGACAUCCUAUAUGGAAUACAAUGAACAAACAUUGUGUUGUAAAAUUAUGCAUUUUCAAAUUCAAGCAUAUUUUCAACCUUGAAAAUAUAACUUAAAGCAUUUUUAAAUGUUUCAAAACUUUGUAUGAACCCUGUGAAUCCAGUACAAAUGUACUUUGUUACUGCACAUAAAAUGUUGAACUGUCAUACAAACACAUCAGUUGUUGUACCAAGUAAACAAACGAGAUAAUGUGUAAUUAAUUCCCAGUCUUUGUGCCCAACUAAACUAACCUGCUGUUGUAUUAUAUUUAACGGUAUCGAUCUUGUCAUCUAAAAAAAAAAAGCCAAUUAAACCAUUUCCCAAAAUGUCAAACUAUUCCUUUAAGGGGGGGGAGUUGGUGUAGCAAUUCCAAGAGAAUUGCCGCUUCUUUUGAAUGUUUUGGUUCAUCACUCAUGGACUUGGCCUUGAAACAAUCCAUAUCCAACUGUACUUUGUCUGUUGAUUUAAUAUGUUUCUGCCCAUUUUAUUUUAGUAAACCAUGCUUAUUAUUGUUGCUUCAAACAUACCUUUUCCAUCCUGUUUCUUUCAUUCAUCCGGCUGUCAGUGUAUCAUAUCAAAAGUGUGUGGGAGCAGCCACGACCUCCUUCUAUCCUUUGAGUAGUUAAAGCAGGAAAAGGAACAUUUCCUGUGGCUGCGUCCUCACAAUAACAGCAGAACUCUGAUAUUUAACGCUUUGUGGUCCACGUGUGAUCCUCCG